AAAUGGAGCCAAAAGCUUGAAGAAGCUCAAAAACUCACAAAUGAGGCCACCAGGUUAGAAUUCGCAAAAGAUUAUUCGUCAGCAUUUGCGAAAUAUGUCCGGGCAGGUGAACUAUACCUGAGUCUCGCUAGAACCUAUGAUGACCGGCCUAAGACAGCAGUCUCUGUUGCAGGAGAAAGUGGAACAGACUUGAAAACACGUAUCAAGAAGGCAGCAGAAAAGGUCUUGAAUCGUGCAGAGAAGAUUAAAUCUCUUCGCAAAGACAUCAAACCAGUACAGAAGAAAGUAUUGAGUGUAGAAGAACAAUCUAGAAUACUUGACCUGGCGUCCAAAAUUGGUACCAUAGAUGCUCCUGUUUGGAAGCAAGAAGGGCCUUCUACCAGUACCAUCGAGCAACCCGCACUGGCUCCUCUUCACUUAAAGAAAAAUGCGACAUACAGGAGCCGCAAAGAUGGCUUAUUUUGGUCAAAGAAAUCACUAUAUAGUCUGGAGCUUCAGGGGAGCGAAAUUGUUCAAGACAUCGUAAAUGAUUGUAGCUUCAUUGCGGCUUUAGAAGUUGCCGCUCAAUAUGAUGCAAAAUGGGGAACAAAUCUGGCAACAGGACCUUUGUUUCCAAAGGGAACCGAUCAAACGCCAAAGUGGGAUGAUGCUGGUCGCCAUCAAGUACGCUUUCACAUGAACGGUACAAAGCGCAAAAUUGAGAUAGACGAUGCGAUUCCGUGCGAUGAUCAAGGCACGCCCAUGUGCGCAUUGGGAAUCCCGUCCAGCGACCCAAAGAAUCUGCAGCUAUGGCCUGCAUUACUGGAAAAGGCAUACCUUUUGAUUCGAGGAGGAUACGAUUUUAAAGGCUCUAAUGCAGCCAUGGAUUUGCAUGUAUUGACAGGUUGGAUACCUGAACAACUCGGUCUCCAUCGGGAUGACUUCCACCGCGAGAAAGUAUGGGAGAGGCUUGUAAAGGCAAUGAAAGAAGGCAACGCCAUGCUGACAGCAGGGACAAGUAAAAAUACACAGGAGGAAUACGGCCAAAUUCGUCUGAUCCGGUCGCACAACUAUGCUGUUCUGGACUUGAUCGAGGAUCAUGCCGAACGAAAAGUCGUUCUUAUGAAUCCGUGGCGUCAACCCGUUUCCAGCGGCGCAAGUGGUGGUGGUCUUGCUACUAUGCAGACUCUCAAUGAAGCUCUCCCGGUAUGCUACGCGAAAGAACAGUUCACGAUAACCUGGGACGAGCUGUGUGCUCGGUUCGACUCGCUAUACAUUAGCUGGAAUCCGAAGAUGUUUAAGAUGUCGAGCGAGUUUCACGGCAUUUGGAGAUCUUCCAGAAAAAAUGGUCAUGUACAAGUCCAGCUCAAUGUUGAGCCAUCGACGGCCAAUCCGGUACCAACCACAUGGGUUCAUUUGGUCAAGCACUUUCCUCCUGACGACAAAGAGCGUGCUGCCUCCUCUACAGUUUCUGAAUGGAUAAGCGCUCAUGCCUUUGAUAAUGAGAAUGAAGGUGUUUUGCAUCAUUCCGAAUACGCUGGAGAGUAUGUCGACGGUCUGCAUGCUUUGACGAGAUUUAAAACGGACAAGAAGAAGUACACUCUUGUAGCAUCACGACAGAUUGAGGAGAACAGUGCAGAUGGUGCCAUUGACAGGUGCCAAGACAGCACAUUCACGAUGACAGUGUAUUCGAAUGCAAGUCACAUCUCACUCGAAGAAGUAGAGAACAAAUAUCCAUUUGAGAUUGCAAUUCCUGGACAGUGGACACUAGGCACAGCAGGUGGAAAUCCACUCGAGCCAACAUUCAUGCAUAAUCCCCAGUAUGCAAUCACGGUGCCAGCAUCAGGUGCAAUGCAGACAACUUCUGUGCGCAUUUCAGCAGAAGCCAGCAAGGAUGUUUCGAUUCUGAUUUUACUGCUUUGGCCAAAAAUAGAUCAAGGCUCUGUUCAACGAACUGAUCAUUUUGCACCGGGAGAUAUCGUUUGCAGCAGUGAAACGUAUAAUUAUGGUUUAGCCAUUGCUCAAUCUACGAAACUUAAGCCUGGAAUACCCUACACGUUGAUCAUCAGUACAUAUUCACCUGGUCACCUAGGCCCUUUCAAUAUCACCGUGCAAACGCAAACAGGACAGGCUGAAGUGAAGCCAAUUCCGAUGGAAGGUGCGGGUAUGUAUCAACAACGUUUGCGUGAUCGUUGGAGUAUUGCGAAAGGUACGGCAGCUGGUGCUCCGAGAUUUGGGAGGUGGCAAAGUAAUCCUUCUUGGACAUUUAGCAUUGACAGGAAAAUGCAAUUGACUGCGAGGCUUACGAUUGAUUCGAAAGCCAGAACGGAAUCCACGGCUUCAGAAUCAAGUAUUAAUAAACGACCUCAUCUGAAUGUCACGGUCAUCGGUCAAGAGUCAGGCAAAGAGAUUGCCUCUUCCGGACCGUACGCAAAUAUUCCAUGUGGGGUAGCAAUACGUAAUGUGAUGCUAGAGCCGGGCAAUUACACGAUCAUAGCGUCAACAUUUGAUAUGUACGUUGAAGCUGCUUUUACUCUUCAGCUUUUUACA